CACCCAUCUCCGGCUUUUCCCACCAUCGCCCCACAGCACGCUCCAGCACCCGAACCCACCCACUCCUCCACCGCCUCCAAACCACCCUCACCUCUCCACUCACCACCUACCACAAACUCGCCAUGUUCGCCACCCGUGCCCUCACGUCGACUCUCCGCCGCGCAGCGCUGCCCCGCGCCGUGGCCGCCGCGACCAGCCGACCCCUCUCGGUCUCGGCCUUCCGGGCCCAGUCCACUCCCGAAAAGAAAUACAAGACAUUCAACGAGAUCAAGACGGAGAGCGACCUGCUACCCCCCGGUGCCCCGCCCGGAACUGUCCCCACCGACCUCGACCAGGCUACCGGUCUCGAGCGCCUCGAGAUCCUCGGAAAGAUGGAGGGCGUCGACAUCUUCGACAUGUCGCCGCUUGAUGCUAGCCGGAGGGGAACCCUCGAGGACCCCAUCACCGUCUCGUCGUACGGCGAUGAGCGCUACCUAGGAUGCACCGGCUACCCCGCCGACAGCCACGUCGUCAUCUGGCUCACCGUGUCCAAGGAUCGUCCCAUCGAGCGAUGCCCCGAGUGCGGCUCUGUCUACAAGAUGGACUACGUCGGCCCCGAGGAGAGCCAUGACCACCACCACGGCGAUCACGCCCACGAGCCCCUCGACCCCCCCACCAUGGCCGACUUCGUCAAGUCCAAGUACUGGUAGAGUACCUAGACAUUUCAUCCCACCCACCGUGAGGGAAAUCAUGACAUAGGGGACGUGUUUCUGCUUUUGCUUUCUUUCUUUCUUUCUUUUUGGAGCAGGAGAGGGUAGGGUAGGGGUGCUCUAAAACAUAAAAUAGCAUGCAUGCCGAAGUCGGAAGUUCUCGUACCUACGUGUAGUUUUAGUGCAGCCGCCGCGCAGAUGGUGAUGGAAUGGGAAGGGAGCGGAGCGGAGCGGAAUAGAGCGUGUUGCGAUUGUGAGCUGCAACAUAUUGAGUAGGAAAGUGGUGACAUGGCCGGUUAUACAACUCGGCUCCCCGGCUGUGCCGGUGCGCAGCGUAGGUACUGG